AACUCCAUCAUUUUAAACUCCAUUGACUCCAAAGUCUUUCUUCCACUUCUUCUCCCCACUUUCACAACCAAUUUUAUAAUCAAAAUUUUCAGAUUCAAUCUCUAAAAAAUAAAAUGAACAAUCUAUUCACCAAUUCAUUCUCCCGCUUCCACAGCGAGGAAGUAUCCUCGCCGGAUCGCCACCACGUCAUCGAGAUGACAGACGCCGGAAGUCCCGGCACCGGCACCCGAGUAAACCUCGACAAAUUCUUCGACGACGUCGAAGGCGUCAAAGACGAUCUAAAAGAGCUCGAACAAAUCUCACAAAAACUAAACAAGAGUCACGAACAGAGCAAAACGGUUCACGAUGCUAAGGGAGUGAAAGAGCUACGUUCUCGUAUGGACGAAGACGUUUCGGUGGCGUUGAAGAAAGCGAAGAUGGUGAAGCUGAAAUUGGAGGCGCUGGAACGAUCUAAUGCUGCGAACCGGAAUUUGCCUGGGUGUGGACCGGGUUCGUCUUCAGACCGGACGAGGAGUUCUGUGGUCAACGGUUUGAAGAAGAAGCUUAGGGAUUCUAUGGAGACGUUUAACCGUCUCCGUGAAGUUAUCUCUUCGGAAUAUAGAGAGACUGUUCAACGGCGUUACUUCACCGUUACCGGCGAGAAUCCCGAUGAUAAGACGCUUGAUCUGUUGAUCUCCACUGGUGAGAGUGAGACUUUUCUUCAGAAAGCCAUUCAAGAACAAGGCAGGGGGCAAAUUAUUGACACAAUCAAUGAGAUUCAAGAGAGGCAUGAUGCUGUGAAAGAGUUGGAGAAGAAUCUACUGGCGUUGCACCAAGUGUUUCUCGACAUGACGGUAUUGGUACAAUUUCAAGGUGAGCAGUUGGAUGAUAUUGAGAGCCAUGUGGCAAGGGCGAGCUCGUUUGUGCAUACUGGAACUGAACAUUUAGUGACUGCAAGGAAGCACCAGAGAAACACAAGGAAAUGGACCUGUUAUCUGAUUAUACUUCUUCUGAUCAUUGUUUUGAUUGUUGUUCUUGCCGUUGUGAAACCGUGGCAACAUAAUGGCGGCGGUGGGGAUAGUCAGCCUGCUCCAGCGCAGACAACCCCAUCUCCUCCCCCUCCUUCGCCUCCGGCUACUACUUAAAUGUUAGGGAUUAAGAGUGUCUGUCUAUAGAUUGCGAUGAACAUUGGUUUCAUUAUGUUCUAAGGAUCUAGGAAGGGCGAGUCUGUCUAUAGAAAGGUUGGAUGAUGAAUUUGGAUAUUGUAAUUGGGAAAGGAAAUGGUUGAUGGAUUUGUUGAGGAGUUAUUUUUUUGGAAGUCAUUAGUUUGAAUAUCAUUCUUUUUCUGUAAGUAUCAUGUUUGGUCUGAAUUUUAAUCAGUUGGUUUCCUUGCUGACUGAUAUUUUCAUGGAA